AUGGGUGACGAAGAAGACAAAAGGCUACGGCAACGUGGCGCCGAAGACCGAGUGGGGCAAGAUGACGACGAUCCUGUACGCCAUCAUCGGCAUGCCGCUGUUCCUGCUCUACCUGUCCAACAUCGGCGACAUCCUGGCCAAGAGCUUCAAGUGGAUCUUCGCGCGCUGCUGCAAGUGCAGGGGCUGCGCGUGCGACCGGCGACGGCGCGAGCUGCGGCGCCUGCAGCGCCAGCAGGAGCUGCACCAGCUGCAGGCGCGGCGGCGCGGCGAGCUAAAGCUUUCUGCUUCGCGUACCUAUUGCGAAUCUCAGCACUGCACGGAAUCACGUACCAUAAUGGUAUGAGAGCGUAGCCUUCCCCCAACAUGUCUUAGUCGCAAGUGUCAAUGUUUCGGCCACCAUUCUGCGACUUUCCUUUCCUCGCGACCUCCCUCACUUUUCGCCCGGACGAAGGUUGCAGAAUGGCGGCCGAAACGUUGGCACAUGUGUCUAGGACGCGGCGCCUCCCGAGUAUACAGCAUAAUGACAUGAUAACGGAAACAGCGGCGAGUGGGAAUUGCGCGUGUGCGUUGUAGGGCCCGGCGGGCCCGCUGGCGGUGGCGGACCCGGACGCCGCGUUGGACGGCGAAGAGGACGACGACGCGUCUGGCUCGGAUGGCAGCUCGCUGGACGACGACCCGCAGUCCAUCACUGUGCCCAUCACCCUCUGCCUCACCAUCAUGGUCGGCUACGUGUGCGGCGGGGCGCUGCUGUUCUCCCGCUACGAGUCGUGGGACUUCCUGGACGGCUCCUACUUCUGCUUCAUCAGCCUGAGCACCAUCGGCUUCGGCGACAUCGUGCCGGGCGACAAGAUCUACGCCAGCCAGGGCAUCGAGCUCAGCUUCAUUCUGUGCUCCAUGUACCUGAUGCUGGGCAUGGCGCUCAUCGCCAUGUGCUUCAACCUCAUGCAGGAGGAGGUGGUGGCCAAGAUGCGCGGGCUGGUGGCGGCGGCGCGCGCCGUGUGUCGGUGCAGGGGCCGGCGCGACCGGUUGCGCGAGGUGGCGGCGGAGGCGGGGGCGGCCGCCGCCGCCGUCGUGGUGCCCGGCGCGCUCCGCCCGCCAGCCGCCGCCGCUGCCGCCGCCCCUGCCACUGAAGACUACGACGUGGACGAGGUGGCGGAGGAGGAGGAGGAAGAGGAGGUGGUGGUGGUGCCGAGGGCGAUGCGUGGGAGACGCGGCGGCAUUUGA